AUUAGUAGUUAGGAUGAUGAACUUCCAAGGUAUUGCUAUACUCACAGCAGCUUUUUUGUCCGCGGAGGUAUAUUGCUCUUUGUACACGCCCCGAGGGUACUCAACAACUGAUGCCACUGAAGGUUGGGAGUCGCUGGUGUUCUGGAUUACGAACUCAAUCAGCAAACGCGGAAUAGCAUGUUCAACACACAGUCAAUGGUACUGCCUGGACGCAUAUCAUACUCCGGACCCACAGGCUUCUGGACGCGCGAUGAUGCCAGACUUAUCUGGGCGAUCUACUUUUCUGCAACCGUUCGCAGCCAAGGCCUGGUUCGAUCUGCUGAUAAAAGAAAAAUGGGAGGACAUAAACAUGAUCAAUUUUCUCAAUCCACGUGACUGCUGCACAAACCAGGUGGACAAGUACAUGGUAUUCGGACUUUUACAUAAAAUGAUGAAUCCUGACCUGUACAUGGCCAAACUUACAGACUACAAAAAUGAAAGCAAGCCACUCAAUUUUAUAAUGGCCGUAUAUCUGCCCACAAUCUGCUCAAAUGUUAUCGUCGAAGUUGGUUUCGGCCCAGGUAACUUUCGGCGAAGUCACCAUCCGACUGUAGUCGAGGGCGCCCCUUAUGUCAUACUCGGCCGAGAGGUGGAACAUUUUGGACUCCGUCAUAUGGAUUCGGUAACUUUCAAUUACACAACUGUUGCAGAGGAUCUGACAUUUCAUUGGUUCAAACAUAACAUCAUGUGUAAAGAUAAUGCAUGGAUUUGUGACGAAACAAUGCCUGGUAAAAAUCAAGGGGCAGGUGGGGGAAAAGGAAGGAGUGGUGGGGCUAGUGGCAGUGAGAAGAAAAGUGGGGGCAGCAAAAAAGGAAGAAGGAAGAAGCAGCAGGCUGCUCAAAGAAAAACCGAGUUCAGAAGAAGGCGUCACUGAUGUCUAUAUUUGCUAAAGUUUCUUAUGAUUUUUUAUGACAGAACAUGACACUAUUUUUA